CUGAUAAAAAACAAAAACAAAAAAACACCUGAGGACCGUCGCAACAGGGGAGCGUGACUGGCUUCCCAUGGAGGAGUGCGCAGAGAGGGUGAGCUCCUUCUCCUUCACUUGGUACCAAGAUACAAGUUGGAUAUAUGCCGAAGAGAUGUGUGGAUUUUGCCGGAAUGUUUUAUUUUUUUUUUUCAAUUACUCCGCUUAAUUAGUUAAAUUUUGGAGUCGACCCCAGAUGGUGCUACGGGUCCUGAGCUGUCCAAAUCCACGGAGCGCACGCAAGAUUUAGGAAAUAAGAAAUAAACUGUUUCAAAGACGUCAACCCAGGGAUUUCACUGCCAGAGAUACUUUAGGUGGGUGGCCAAUAAACACUCUUGAAUGUUUCUGAAAGCUGAGCGCCCGUUUUGCUGCGUCCACAAAAAUGGACACGCGAACUAAACCAAAAGAGAAAAAAAUAACCUCGCCUCUGGAUUACAGCGACAUGGCAGCAUUAAAGAGCUGUGAUACGGAUGUUCUUUCCUACAUGUGAUGAAAUAGACAUUUAAUAUACAUGUCCCUUAUAUUAAAAUGUACUGUAGAGAAUUUUGAAUGCUGUUUUCAGCCUAAUUUUUUUGGCUCGGCACUCAGGUGGAAAUGUCUGGAGACUGUUCUAACAGGGAACUGUAUUCAAAGAAAUAGAAACACCUAGUAGCUGGGCUGGAUCAGCGUAGAUACAGGCACCAAUAUAAUCACACGGACACGCCUCGAGGAUCAUUAGACAAAUCAGAUAAACGCAGCGCGAAACCCAUCAAUACAAGUUAUUGAUGAGGUGGUAUAUAAGGCUAAUGAUUGGCCGAGCCUCUGUUUACUCAACAGCUCGGCAACAAUAUGGUGUGAAAGUUUCGCUUGACGGCUGAGGCAUCCAGAGAGAGGAGAAAAAGGAACAAGGACUUUUAAAAAAUAUAUAUUAUUGCUGCUUUAUGCCGUUUCCUGACUACAGUGCUGACUGGAAAAUAACUGCAAACAACGGCUGGAAUAUUCCUCCUCCACUUAAAACUAGAAUGUCUGCUGCCUGUGCUGCAGGAAUUUAUGAAGCAGGCAUUUUUGGGGGGCACAUUUCCAAAGAGACCUUUUUGAAAUAUUUAUAGUGUGCAAGGAUGGUGGUUGUGACAAGAAGCCUAUGGAUGACCCAGUCUGUGGGAGAGCUGGUGCCGAGACAAUUGACCUCUCCACCAGCGACGCCGUCCGUCUAAAACUCCUCCCCAGAGAGGCACAGCUGCUGCAGGCUGGGGAUGUGAUGGGGUGACUGCUGACACCCCCCUCACCCACCCCCUAUCUCACUUUAUUAGCAGUGUAAAAUAAACAAUGGAUCAGAAUUUCUCAACGGUUCGAGAUGGAAAGCAGCUGCUACAGGAGAGGGACUCGUCCAAACGUGUUCUGACAGGAUGCUUCCUCUCGCUCCUCAUCUUCACCACGCUGCUAGGCAACACACUCGUGUGUGCCGCCGUCACCAAGUUCCGACACCUGAGGUCGAAGGUCACCAACUUCUUCGUCAUCUCGCUGGCCAUCUCCGACCUUCUGGUGGCUAUCUUGGUAAUGCCGUGGAAGGCGGCAACUGAGAUUGUGGGGUUCUGGCCAUUUGGUGCGUUCUGCAACGUCUGGGUGGCGUUUGACAUCAUGUGCUCCACUGCCUCCAUCUUGAACCUGUGUGUGAUUAGUGUAGACCGUUACUGGGCCAUCUCGAGCCCGUUCCGCUAUGAACGCAAGAUGACCCCCAAGGUGGCAUGUCUGAUGAUCAGUGUGGCGUGGACCCUGUCAGUCCUCAUCUCCUUCAUUCCUGUUCAGCUUAACUGGCACAAAGCUCAGACCAUCAGCUACGCAGAGCUAAAUGGAACAUACCCCGGCGAUCUGCCCCCUGACAACUGCGACUCCAGCCUUAACAGGACCUACGCCAUCUCCUCCUCUCUUAUCAGCUUCUAUAUCCCCGUGGCUAUUAUGAUCGUCACCUACACCCGGAUCUACCGCAUCGCCCAGAAGCAGAUACGGAGAAUAUCUGCACUGGAGCGGGCGGCGGAGAGUGCCAAAAACCGCCACAGCAGCAUGGGGAAUAGUUCGAACAUGGAGAGCGAGAGCUCGUUCAAAAUGUCGUUCAAACGAGAAACCAAAGUCUUAAAGACGCUCUCAGUCAUCAUGGGGGUGUUUGUGUGCUGCUGGUUGCCCUUCUUCAUCCUUAACUGCAUGGUUCCGUUCUGCGAGCCCAACCUGCCGGACGGCGCCACGGAAUUCUUCUGCAUCAGCCCCACCACUUUCGACGUGUUUGUGUGGUUUGGCUGGGCAAACUCCUCGCUCAACCCCAUCAUCUAUGCCUUCAACGCCGACUUCCGUAAGGCCUUCUCCAUCCUCCUGGGCUGCCACCGGCUCUGCCCGGGGAGCAACGCCAUCGAGAUAGUCAGUAUUAACAAUAACAUGGGCGCCCCUACCUCGAACCCCAACUGUCAGUAUCAGCCCAAGAGUCACAUCCCAAAGGAGGGCAACCAUUCAGCCAGCUACGUGAUCCCCCACAGCAUCCUGUGUCAGGAGGAGGAGUUACAGAAGAAGGACGGAUGCGGAGGGGAGAUGGAGGUGGGCAUGGUAAACAACGCGAUGGAACAACUCUCCCCAGCCAUCUCUGGGAAUUUAGACAGCGAUACUGAGGUCACACUGGAAAAGAUCAAUCCCAUAACACAGAACGGACAGCAUAAAACCGUGUCAGGUUGAGAAAAGAUGGAUCCGAGUACACCGAGGCAUGUAUGUAUGCACAAAAGCAAGGAAAGCUUACACAGGAGGACAGAAAAAGUAACAAAAGAGACAGAUAUCUGUGAGUGGGAUAUACAGGACCUUAGGACUGUCAACAAAACUCCACAUGGAAAAACCUACAGAAUGUUUUAAAGUAAAGGCACUUUAUCCUGGAUAUAACUAUCUGCAAAAUACUCUCAGCAUUUAUUGAUGAAAUUGACACAUU